AUUCCCAUGAUGCAGUUCAUGUUCCAGUGACAAACCAUGCUUGGGUUGUUUUUGUUCUGUCGCUGCUGUCAACCAUUAGCAGAUACAUAACGGUCUAUAGGCGGAAUAACGGCAGUAGACUUCAAUUCAAGGUGUUGUCGUUUCUAGUAAGUACUAUCAUCAGGCUUAACGUUGCACGGUUCGCGUGUUUUCCCGCAAUGUUGUCUUCGGUUCCACCGCGGAUCUUCAUGCGAAGGUCGCGCAGCCUUUCGCCGUGCCGUGUGCUCCAGACAAGCACAAAGGACGCCGCGAGGAACCGCAUCAUCCUCGAUAAAGCGGACGCCAACCGGAACCCCAUCGUUUCUAGCUCCCGUGUCUCCCGUAGAGGAAUUCUGAGCGAGGAGGCGAAAGGCCAGAGUGUGAGCCUGACCAUACAGUAUCACCAUCUGGCCCCCAGGUGGCUCUCUAAUCUCCAGGAUCGCAGGAGCUCCUGGGUCUCUCUGGCUUCCAAGGGACGUAACAACAACAACCAGUACUGGGAACAGAGCGGGGGAAGGACCGGGGGAGAGAGCGGGAGCAGCCGCCCGUACGCACUGGCCUCUGCUGGGGUACUGUCCGCUGCAGCCAUGGCCUUCUGCCUCAAGAAGGACUCUGAUACGAAAGGUGAUGCACUUCUGGAGGCUGCAAGGACCAACAGCUCGCAAGAUGUGGCAAGGUUGCUGGGUGAGGGGGUGGAGCCUAACCACCGGCACCGUCUGGGCUGGACCUCUCUCAUGGUGGCAGCUAUGAACCGCCAGCACAGCGUGGUGAAGGUUCUGCUGGAGUCUGGGGCUGAUCCUAACGCAGGAGACGACUUCAACAACGUCUAUGACACAUCCAGAGAAAAGGGCAUUCACUCACUGGAAGUGUUGGUUUCCAGGGAGGAUGAAUUUAGUAGCAGGCUGAGUAGCAGGGCUGGUUUCCGUGGUUGCACAGCCCUACACUACGCAACGCUGGCCGACGACCCACUCGCUGUACGCAUGCUGCUGGAGAAAGGUGCCAACCCCCUGCAGACCAAUGCCUUAGGACACACAGCCAGAGCCUACGCCAAGGAGGGAGAGUUACACGCACUACUGCUGGAGUGGGAGGGCAAGUUCCAGGAAGCUCAAGCUAAGAGGGAGGCAGAGGAGAGAAGACGUUUCCCUCUGGAGAAACGACUGAUGGAGCACAUCAUUGGUCAGGAGGGGGCCAUCAACACUGUGGCUUCAGCGAUCAGGAGGAAGGAGAAUGGCUGGUAUGACGAAGAACAUCCCCUCGUCUUCCUCUUCCUCGGCUCCUCUGGAAUUGGUAAGACUGAGCUGGCCAAACAGGUGGCUCGUUAUAUGCACAAGGACCUGAAAAAGGGAUUCAUCCGCGUGGACAUGUCUGAGUUCCAGGAGAAGCACGAGGUGGCUAAAUUCAUAGGUUCUCCUCCAGGUUAUGUUGGUCAUGAAGAGGGAGGUCAGCUGACUAAACAGUUGAAGGCGUAUCCCAAUGCUGUGGUUCUGUUUGACGAGGUGGACAAGGCCCACCCAGACGUACUGACCAUCAUGCUACAGCUGUUCGAUGAGGGCCGUCUUACAGAUGGGAAGGGGAAGACCAUUGAGUGUAAGGACGCCAUCUUCAUCAUGACCUCGAACGUGGCCAGUGAUGACAUUGCUCAGCAUGCAUUGCAGCUCCGCCAGGAGGUCCAGGAGCUCAGCCGCAGGAAACUGGUCGACAACCUGGACGAUGUUCAAAAGAGGGAUGAUGUCACCAUCUCCAGGCAGUUUAAGGACGCUGUAAUUCGCCCUAUUCUGAAGGCCCAUUUCCGGAGGGAUGAGUUUCUGGGGCGGAUCAAUGAGAUUGUCUACUUCCUGCCGUUCUGCCCCUCUGAACUGCAGCAGCUUGUCAGCAAAGAGCUCAACUUCUGGGCCAAGAAGGUAGCCGGUGGUGUGUGUGGGGUUACGUGUGCCGGCGUGCCCGUGCGAGUUUGCUAUUGCGUAGUAUUAUGGACUGUGCGUUGUGUGUGAUUUGUACUCACCAUAUGGGUGUUUUUCAUUGGUGUGUGUUGACCAGAGAGACCCACUCAGAUCAAUAGCAUCUGCUGUCCCUGGCUGAUCUGAUUGUAGUGUUUAACAUCACAUGAACUUUCAUAAAUAUUUAAAUAUCAAUAU